AUGCCUAAACCCCUGGACGCCGUGCCCGGGCCCUCCUCGUCCCUCCCAAGGGCAGGCUCGAGCGCGAGCGUCACUGCUCCUACGGCUACGGUAGCUGCCAGCGUAAGCAUGGCAAGCAUGCCCGUCGCCAAUGGAAGCGGGAACCCCGCGUCUGGAAGUUGUCAUGUCAGAGUAGACUCACCACAACCCAUGUCGCCCCCGGCGGAAUCCGCGAGCGUCGUGAGCGCGGCAAGCGCCGGGAGCGCCGGGAGUGCGUACAGCAGUGCGGGCAGCGCGGGCGGCACCAUCCCCAGCAUCCCGAGUAGCAGCAGCACGAGCGAGCUCCCUGCCGCGCUUUCGGCCGCAGAAAUGGAUUCGCACCUCGCCGCGUUCGAACUCGGCCCGCCUGGCGCGCAGCGCAAACCCACAAGAAGAGUUCGCAGCAUCGAGCGGACAUGGCAGUGGGUCAAGUCUCGCUCCUCGGUCUACGGCGGAAUAGAAGGCUACGACCAGGAAGAGUUUGCCAACGCCAUCGCCGGCCCAUCACGCCCCAUCACGGUCGCUACCCCCAUCACACCACCCGCGUCGUACUCUCCGACGGAACCGCGGCGACAGAGCGCCGACGUUGACCCAGACGAGCGACGACGAAGACGGCAGGGGCUCACUCCCGAGUCUGGUCUGCGACCACCGCCGCGCCCCCGCCCAGCAUCACGAUCCUUUACAUAUCCAGCAUCCCCUCUGACGCCAAUGGGGAGCCCUCCCAAGCAUGGAACACCGUUCCCAGUCAUGUCCACAUCGACGACGCAGACGAGUCUCACGACAAGCUUGGGACACGACCUCAAGUCGUCCACACCCUCCCCGACGAAGCGGUCAGACAGCAGUGUCUCACCGAAACGGGCUCGACCCCGGCCGAUCUUUCCUGGUUCGAUGGAGCCGCCCCCUUCUCACCUGUCCAGGUCACCGUCACAUCCCCCGACGUCUCACGUGCCGCUGGCGACUUCGCCGACAUCUUCAGCUGGAAGCCACAAGACGCAAGUUCAGUCUAUAUCAGACAUUGUGCGAAGACACUCGGCGGCCAUGGCGAUGGCGCAAGAAGCAGCCGUCGACCGGGCGCGAAGCGAAAUGACUGCUUCCAAGUCCAAGCCCUUGCCGAAGAGCCCGACCAAGCUCCAGCUACCUGGCCCGCCCUUGAAUGGACGUAGCAGCAGUGAGCAACAGCCGGAUCACCCGACGGAACGCACAGAACGCCCGGAACGACCAGACCGACCGGAACGACUGCCGCGGCCUAGCAAGCCGGAGCGAAAAGGAAGCGAGGGUGGCGACCGUGUGCGCGACCGCGAUCGACCACUUUUGCGUGACCGGCCACUGGAGCGCGCUAAGAGUGCCUCUCCUUUGCCGACGCCGCCGCCGAAGACGAACCACCGACGGGAACCUAGCGCGUGGUCGACGUACUCACUGAGCAGCAGCGACAAUGACAGUGUCGUACGCGACUUCCGGUUAGCGCAAGCGGCUUACGACCGGCUAUCGGGUGGCCAGUCGUUACGACCUGUCUCGGAGCACAGUACGAAGAAAGGUUCGCAGCCGAGCGCCCAGUUCCCGAAGGCGCUGUCGCCUCUGCCUAAGGACGCAGAGUUGCAGCGGACACGGAGUGCGGUAUCGCUGACCGGUGCUAGGAGCGCUGGUUCAUCGCCGCAGCCGGACGACGACGCACUGAUGGCGAUGUACUUGCGAUCGCCGCAGCUCAACAAGAUCCUCGCUCUGCCCCGGCCGUUCCCGGACCGGCCACUGCAGGUGUCACUCGCGGAUCUCGGAAAGCCGGAUGGAAAGCCCGUCGUCGUGUUCCUCGGAUUAGGAUGCGUGCGCUACCUGAUUGCGCUGUACGAUGAUCUGGCGCGAGCGUUCGGCCUGCGAUUAAUCUGCAUCGACCGCUGGGGCCUCGGCAAGACGGACCAGGUGCCGCAGAACCAGCGCGGACCGCUCGACUGGGCCGACGUCGUGCGUCGCGUGCUCGACCAGCUCGGUGUCGACAAGUUCCAGAUUGUCGCACACAGCGCCGGUGCGCCGUACGCCAUGGCAACGGUGCUAAGGCUCGGAGACCGUGUCGUCGGUCGCCCGCACCUGCUCGCGCCGUGGGUCGGCGGCGAUGUCGAGGGCUACAAGUGGCUCAAGUGGGUGCCGAACGGCGUGAUCAAGAGCGCGAUUGCGGCCGAGUGGCGCCUCGAGUCGUACUUCCUCGGCAAGGCUCCGUCGCUGAAAGCGCUGAACAAGGCGGGCAUCCCGACCUCUCCCUCGCUCGACGGUGAGAGCAUGCGAUCGCUUUCUUCCGCCUCGUCGCCCGUCACCUCGUCACCGAUCUACAACAACUUUGCCUCGCUGCCGCUCUCGACGUCGUCCGUGCACGUCCCGGCCAACAUGUCCGAAGACUCGCUUCUCGUCACGAGCAGCCCUUCCUUCCUGACAGCGUUAAUGCAGGCGUCGCACGCCGAGUCACUCUCGGGCACGACCGCCGACCUUCUUUCCGUCAUUCUCGGAAGGGACUGCAAGCCGUGGGGUUUCAGCUUCACGGACGUGAAGCGCGCGUGCAAGAUCUUCUGGGGCACGAUGGACGACAAGGUGUCCGAGAAGAGCAUGCGGUGGAUGGAGCGCAGCAUGGACGCGGAGCUCGUCACGCUGAAGGACGAGGGGCACAAUCUCAUGUCCUCGCGCGGGGUCAUGUACGAUGUGCUCGACAGUCUGGCGAAUGAUGAGGGUGUGGCGCGAUAG